AUGAAUCCUUUACGGUCACCAGCACGCUCAGGAUACGAUCCAGUCAACUUGAACCAUCCCGUCGACUCCCAUAUCAGGGGUGAUAGCAACGACCUCGAUAGUGUCCAAAACGUUUUUCUCUCCGCUACCUCAUCGUCCAUGUACCCCCCUGGCCCCCAACAACACCGGGGGGCAUCCCUUUCUCAAUCAUCGCUGCCCCUCGGUGCUGGCGCGCCAAAACGUGUGCAUAUUGUGGACGAUUCCUUAGACGCCAACGCCAGAUCCCGGAGUUACGAUGCUGAGCGCGGUGGCUUCCCCAGUCCUUCAAUGUCAGAGCCCGUUAAACCUUCGGCGCACAGCCGAGGAUCCAGCUGGGAUAUUCUGAAUGGCAUCAGGAAGUUUGAGCAUUCCUACGAGGAGUUCGACUCGAGAAAUGCCAGCCAGAGCCACCUGGUUUAUGCGGAAGGGGAUAUACCCAAUAACAAGGUGUCUAGACUGUACAAUUAUCUUCUGAACGUAUCAAUCGUUACUAGGUGGAUCUUGUUCAUUCUACCAGUCAUGACUAUACUUUGGAUCCCGGGUAUACUUCAGUUCACUACCUUCCCCAAUGCCUCGGUCUGGGGCGUCAAACUGCUCUGGUGGAGUAUAUGGCUUAGUGUCGUGUGGGGUGGCUGGUGGGUCGCUUUGGCCGGUUCACGUCUAUUGCCACCCAUCAUUCGCGCGACCGUUGGCGCAGUAGCCGUGGCUGCGCGAAGAUACAUCGAUUGGGCUUCGGCCUUGCAUCGAUACGUCGCCCUGUUUGCUUGGUCACUCGCCAAUUGGAUCACUUGGAAUCCCGUUAUCGACAGUCGUCAGAGUUCAGAUGCGACCGAGAAAUCUGUCAAUAUUAUCAACCUUAUUGGCAAAUUGUUAUUCGGAAUAUACCUUUGUGCAGCGGUGCUGCUAGCCGAGAAGUUUGCCAUCCAAUGGAUUGCUGGUAAAUUCCAUGAACGGUCUUACGCUGAGCGUAUUGCCGGCCAAAAAUUCGCUGUCAGGUCUCUCGUUACUCUAUACCGACAUUCCUCAGACAUACCCGGCCGUUCUGAUACCCUGAAGGAGGGUGCUUCUAAAGGUAUUGCGGCUCCGAAGAAAUUUUUGAAACGCGCGAUGAAAGGAGUGCGGGCCGCCGCAACCACGACAACAUCGGCUUUCGGAAAUGUUGCAGUAGAGCGAGCUCUCCGUCUGGACUCGAGAUUGGUCAGUCGGCUAAUAUGCCUUGACAGUUCAGUGCUUCAGCCCAAUUCUCCUCAAGCAAUGGUCAAAACUGCUCUGGAAUCAGCCAACAAGUCCCGUUUGCUCGCCCGCCGGCUCUUCUACUCCUUUGUCAAGCCUGGUGCCGAUUGGCUCAUCGUUGAAGAUAUUGCGCAAUUUUUCCCAACCCAAGACGAGGCCGAUCAAGUGUUUGCACUUUUUGACAAAGAUUCAAAUGGCGAUGCAUCUAGGGACGAGGUUGAACUGGCCUGCUUGGACUUUCAUCGAGAACAACUGUCCAUCGAGCAUUCAAUGCAGGAUCUGGACAGUGCCGUUGGACGUCUAGAUAACAUCUUGAUGUCUCUUUAUGUCGUUGCCGCAGGUUUGAUCAUUGCGAUUUGUUUGGAAGCGCAGUUGACAACCUUGGUUACUGGCGCUGGAACCUUUAUCCUCGGAUUGAGUUGGUUAAUUGGAACAAGUCUGUCUGAAGUUCUCACCAGUAUCAUCUUCCUCUUUAUUCGUCAUCCCUUCGAUGUCGGAGAUCGGGUGGAUUUGGCGAAGGUGUCCUAUACCGUGAAGGAGAUCCGUCUCUUGAGUACGAUAUUUUUGGACUCAAACGGAGUAUAUGUUCAGGCACCUAACAGCGUACUAAACACUUUGUUCAUCCAAAAUAUCCGGCGUAGUCCGCAAAUGAGCGAGACGUUCACGUUUGACGUUAGCUAUGCAACUUCAUUCGAAGAUUUGGAACGACUUCGAGACAAAAUGCUUGCCUUUGUCACAGAAGAAAGGCGUGAUUAUCAACCGAUCUUUGAUGUAGCGGUCGUUGAUUUUCCUGAUCAAGAAAAGAUGACGCUUUCGGCUGAAAUUAAAUACAAGAGCAACGGCCAGCAGGGUAGUUUGAAAGCCAAACGCAGAAACAAGUGGAUCUGUGCAUUGAAGUCGGUCCUGGCAGACCUGCACAUCUAUGGCUCAGCAGGCAACCCGGAUGAAGGGCCUGUGAUCAAUCGUUACACGAAGGUUCCUUGGGAGAAAGUUGAAGCUGAUGAUAGGAAAAAGACUGCGGAGAAGCCUUCUGUGUCUGCUGAACCCGUUGGGGGUUGGCAUUUGUCGGACUCGAACAUAAUAGUUGGAGGUGCUGAAGACGACGUCUUUGGAGAAGCCGAUGAGCUUCAUAUGACGAGUCCUCGCCUCAUCUCUGACGAUUCGGGACUGCCAAACGCAUCCCCGGCUUUUCGUAUUCGAAGCGCGAUGACCAUGCCGGUUUCCGAUUCAUCUGGUUCUGCCCUGAAUACUGCAGGAGUAGAUUUUAUUGAAAUGAAGCCGCGCCCGUGA